AUGGAAGCGAGUCCAAACGCCUUAAAGUGGUGUGAAGCUACGUUUCACAAAUGCGUGCAGCUCAUGCGGGAAUACCCCGAGAGCGGCAUGCACAUCGUUCCCAACAUCACCGUGAGUCAGCACCCCCUCAAGACGAACACUGCGGCCAAAGCCAUGACCCCUACCACCUAUCGAGAAAGCUCCGACCUCACGUCUCCCGCCAUGACGUCGUGGCUUCAAACUCACGGCACGGCGGAACUCGGCUCGUUCCGUCAUCUCCAGCACUAUGAUGCGGUCGUGGCCGACAUGGGGGUGUACCUCGGCUGGCUGAAGGAUCAAUUGGCGUCUCACCGUGUCCACAUCAACGCCCUGCAUGUAACCGAUCUCCGUGCAUUGGCUACCCCUGGAACGAUUGUCGUCAACUGCACUGGCCUCUUCAAAGAGGACCCGGCCAUCUUCCCAUGCAAGGGCCAAGUGGUGAUGGUGCACGCUCCGUGGAUCCGAUCCGCAAUAUGCGACGAAGAUUCCGGCGCGUACAUGAUUCCUCGGCCGAACGGGAACCUCAUCUGUGGCGGCACGGCGGAGAACGGUGUUUGGAACACCGAUGUCCAAGCCGACGUGACGGACAAGAUCUUGGCCAAAUGCGCGCUAGUCGUGCCGAGCGUCGCGCGCGCCAAAGUUGUGGCUGCCCGCGCAGGGUUGCGACCUGAGCGGAAGGGAGGAGUCCGUGUCGACCUUGAAAAGAGUCCGGCCGGUGGAUUCGUCGUUCAUCAUUAUGGACAUGGCGGGUCGGGGUUUUGUCUUGCGUGGGGAACGGCAGUGGAAGCAUCGUCCCUCGUACGCCAGUGCCUCACCCUUCGAAGCAAGAUGUAA